CUCAUUGCUUCAAUUCCAAGAUUAAAUAAAGCUAAACCAUAUAUGCACCUUAUAUAAAAAAUCAUAGCUUUCUUGCUUCCCUACCAAUUUAUCUACAAACUCUCACCUUCAAAUCUCCCCUCCCCCCAUAUCCAAUCUCAUCAUUCAAAACAAAACUUGAUUUUCGAUUUGAUCAAGCAUGAGGGAGAAAGCACACUACCAUUUCAAUCUCAAGACAAUCUUGAUAUGUUUCUUCUUCCUUCUCUUCCUCUUCUUGAUCCUCCGAUCAUCUUUCCCCUACUCCCAACACACCCCUCUGUCGACUACUCCGGCAGCCACCCACCCCGAGAAUUCGCCACAGAGCUGCCGCCCCUCUCUCCCCAACUCACCACUAACAUGCACCAAAAUCCCACCUUCCCUAGCCCACGCAUUAGUCCACUACGCAACCCUAAACAUCACGCCACAACAAACUUUGAAGGAAAUCUCCAUCUCCCUCAAAGUCCUCGAAAAAAAAUCUCCAUGCAACUUCCUGGUGUUCGGAUUGGGCCACGACAGCUUGAUGUGGACGGCGCUCAACCACGGGGGGCGGACGGUUUUCCUAGAAGAGGACGUGGAGUGGAUCGCACAAAUCAAGGAGCGGGUCCCAUCCCUCGAGGCGUACCACGUGGCGUACGACACGAAGGUGUCGCAGGCGGACGAGCUGCUGGAGGUGGCCACGAGGGAGGAGUGUAGGGUUGUGAGCGACCCGAGAUCGUCCAAGUGCGAGCUGGCGCUGGCUAGUUUUCCAAGUGAGGUUUACGAGGUGGAGUGGGACGUGAUCAUGGUGGACGCGCCGACCGGGUACUUCGAGGGGGCGCCGGGGCGGAUGAGCGCGAUCUACACGGCGGGGUUGAUGGCCAGGAAUAGGGAGAGUGGUGAGAGUGAUGUGUUUGUGCAUGAUGUGGAUAGGGUUGUGGAGGAUAGGUUUUCAAAGGCAUUGUUGUGUGAGGGUUACUUGAUUCAGCAACAAGGGAGGAUUAGGCAUUUCACUAUCCCUACUCAUAGGACUACUUUUGGUAGACCUUUUUGUCCAUAGAUUUAUGCAACAUUUUUUUCCCGCUAAAUAAUGAUAUCUUCAUAUAUGAAAAACUACAUCCUAUAUAUUUUGUUUUUGUUUUUCGGGUGGGUGGGUGAGGGAGAAUUUGAGGCUCGUAUGAUUAAUGUACGAGAUUUCUUGUUACUUUCUCCAUAUUAUGUAUCAUCAUAAGUCAUAACAUAUAGUAGCAUUUUUUGUUUUUUUUUGAGAAA